AUGCACCUGGUGCCCGUGAAGGUGCACCUGCAGCCAGGCGCCGGCGCCGGCGCGCCGAUUCACGCGGUGCUCUCGGCCGGCGCGCCAAAGACGGUGUCGGGCGUGGCCAUCAGCGGGCCGAUGGGGGGCGGCGGCGGGGGCGCCUCUGCCGCGCAGGCGCACGCGGCGCCGGUCGGGGAGCCGUGCGGCAGCGUCGAGGCGCGCAACCGGCUGCACGCGCUGCUGGAGGGGCUGUGA